GCAUUUGCGUUUCGCCCGUUAACUCUUUCUCUCUCUCUCUCUCUCUAAUUCAACACCUCAAGUGCGGCAAACAGUUUGAAAACCAUUCAACCAAUGACGACGUGCUCUUCUUCUUCUUCUUCUUCUUCUUCUUCCUCAUCAUUGGCCAAGUUAUGGAUUGUGCAUGGUAUUGUGGCUGGAGCUGCGAUUGCUGCUGCUUUCGGUGCUCGUGCUUAUCUGGGUAGAUUCAGAAAGUUCCGAAGCCGGGUUGUAGGAAUCAUACCUGCUCGUUUCGCUUCCUCUCGGUUCCAGGGCAAGCCACUAGUCCAAAUUCUAGGGAAACCCAUGAUUCAGAGAACUUGGGAAAGAGCAAAAUUAGCAACUACCUUGGAUCACAUAGUUGUGGCAACGGAUGAUGAAAAGAUUGCAGAGUGUUGUCGUGGAUUUGGGGCAGAUGUGAUAAUGACUUCAGAAUCUUGUAGAAAUGGUACAGAAAGAUGCAAUGAAGCUCUUGGAAAGCUAGAAAAGAAAUAUGAUGUUGUUGUCAAUAUUCAGGGGGAUGAGCCUCUCAUUGAACCUGAGAUAAUUGAUGGAAUUGUUAAAGCACUGCAGGCAUCCCCAGAUGCAGUGUUUAGUACUGCUGUAACAUCUUUAAAGCCUGAAGAUGCAUUUGAUCCCAAUAGAGUGAAAUGUGUGGUGGAUAAUCGAGGUUAUGCUAUUUAUUUUUCAAGGGGACUCGUUCCUUCUAAUAAAUCAGGAAAAGUCAACCCACAAUUUCCAUAUUUGCUUCAUCUUGGGAUUCAGAGCUAUGAUGCAAAUUUUCUAAAGAUAUAUCCAGAACUUCAACCUACUCCAUUGCAACUAGAAGAAGAUCUGGAGCAGCUUAAAGUCCUUGAGAAUGGUUAUAAAAUGAAGGUGAUAAAAGUUGACCAUGAGGCACAUGGUGUUGACGCUCCAGAGGAUGUUGAAAAGAUAGAAACUUUGAUGCGUGUGCGGAAUUUGUCCUAGUUCAUACAAUUCAAAUUAGACCAUUGAUUUUAAGUUGGAUUAUAUUAAAUGCUGCUUCUUAUCCCUUUUUUUUCUUCUGUGUUUGUUUUGGUAUCAUGUUUGUAUAGUAAGUAUAGUGAACUAGCAUGUAACGUUUUGCAUAUUUUUACCAAUUGCUGUUGUACUUGGAAGGUAUGUGAUUUUGUAUGCUGCAAUAUUUUUUUAAUACCGUUGGACCCUUCUGUUA